UCAUAACUUCCAACACACCCGCCGCUUCCUGGCCGGCCCAGGCAGGCGCCUCAGGCCCCGCUCCAACACUGAACCGUUAUCCGCACAUUAUCAUCAUUCACCGGUGAAAAACACACCGCCUCCUCCGCUCGGUCCGUGAGGAGUUGCCGCCGGUAUGAGUGAAUGAAACGGCUGAAACCUUUUAAAAGAAGUCCUGGGACUCGCUGCUCGACCACCAGCAACAAUGAGCAGUAUCAGUGGUGGAAUGUAAUCAAGUACAUUUACUCAAGUACGAAAUUUGAGCGUUGGGGCCGGAGGAAAGGCUGAGGCGUGGCGGCCGUGGUGAUGGUGUUGGACUCAGGGGAAGUCUUCAUGGAUCAGGUUGAGGGUGAAAGUGUCGGGAGCAGCAGGGACCUGUUGGAGCCAGAUGUCCGAGCAGAUCCACCCAAAACCGCCACGACGUCCAAAAGGAGCAAUGUUGCCAAGAAAGGUAAGGAGAGCGCGUCCCACAACGGACUUCCAGCCCAGACGAACAGCAGCCAGGUAGUGCGGAGGUGGACAUCAUCAUCUUCAUCAUCCAAAGGCGGGGCCACGCCCAGACCGCCGCUCUGCCGCCCCCUCAGCCUGGAGAUGACACCCCAGCGCCUGCGAGGGUCCCUGGAGCAGAUGGCAGACAGGCGGAUCAUACAGCCUCCUUGGCGCAGUGGUUUGGCCGCCCCCUCGCCCCCGACUCGCAGCCUGACCAGCCCCAGCCUGGGCGCAGGCGGCUGGAUGCGCCGCAGCGAGAGCACCUGCUCGGUCAAUUAUUCCGCGGGGCUCCGGGCUGGCAAGGGCCAAAUGCGACCUGCCACCUCCCUGCCACACAUAGCUAAGGGGGCGACGGGCAGGACGCUGACUACACCCUCCAGGCCCUGUCUGCUCGUCGCCCUCAGGCCUCUGAACCUGGAGCAGGAGAAGCAGACUUUCUUCCAGUCCGACUACAAGUACGAGCCUCAGUUUGAGUACGCACAGCCGGAGCCGAGGAGCGUGUUGGAGAAGUACCAAGAGGGCUCGGGCCUCUUUCUCGAACAGGCGGUUGGAAUCAUGGAGUGCGUCCUGAGGAAGUUUGGCUCCUAUGAGGACUUUGAGGAGGUGACAGGCGGCAGCGUCCUCCCUAAAAGUCAAGUUUGGGCGGCUGUACGCAAAUAUCUGCAGAAAGAAGGCUGCGUGGGAGAGGUGGUGGUGCGUCUGUCUGACGAGCUGCUGUCCCAGGCGGUGAUGGUCGUGGAGAGCUGCCGUCCCACUCUGACCAUCAACCUGGCCGGAGCUCGCCAGCACUGGCUGGAGGGGAUGCUGCGGCACGAGAUCGGCACACAUUACCUGCGAGGGGUGAACAACAACCUGCAGCCGUGGUCCACCGCCGAGGGCAGGAAGCAGUUCGGCCUCAAACCGGCCAAUCCCACGGAGGAGGGCCUGGCCAGCCUGCACAGCGUGUUGCUACGGAAACAGCCGUACCUGUGGCGCGCGGCCCUGCUGUACUACACGGUGUACCACGCCACCAGCAUGAGCUUCAGCCGCCUCUUCAGCCACAUCGCCCGCUUCGUCCAGGACCCCGACGUCCGCUGGGAGUACUGUCUGAGAGCCAAGAGGGGACAGACGGACACCUCGCAGCCAGGUUGCUUCAGUAAAGACCAGGUCUAUCUGGACGGGAUCCUCCGAAUCCUCCGCCAUCGCAGGACCAUCGACUUCAAGAUGUUGACUUGUUUGGGCAAGGUGUCUUUUGAAGACGUGGAGAGGCUGCGUCAUCUGGCGGUGCUCCCCCGGACCAGAAUCCCACACUUCAUGCGAGACCCGGAGCGUUACCUGCGCUACCUGGAUCACAUCGUCGCCGUCAACGAACUGGACGAUUCCACGCUGCAACACCUGCUGCCCUGACCGCCCUCCUCCCGGAGAAACGGACUGUAACGUGGUGCGUUUAAUACCGCAUAAAACCAUCCAGUAUUA